UGAUAUAGCGUUAGUUGGUCGCCACUGAAGGACUGUUGUUAGUUAGAAAGAGAAGGCAAAACAGGUAACUGCAAAAACGUUAUCCCCCCCACAGCAAACGACUAAGAACUUUUUGAGGGCGGAUAGUAUGUAUAUCCUAAUCUGAACGGUGUUUUCAUCUGUUUUGUUGUGCUACUUAUACAUAUUAUAUUCGCCCGAUUCUAACUUGCCUUAAGUGCUUUUCAAAGUCGACGUCUGCUCAGUGAAUGCGGUAAAGGACUUUGUUCAUUUAAAACCAAUCACACCAUCUUAAGCACCAUGCCAUUCCCAUUUGGGAAGUCUCAGAAGAACCCAGCAGAGAUUGUGAAGAAUCUCAAGGAGAACGUGGCAUGCUUAGAGAAGCUGGAAGCGUCUGACAACAAGAAAUGUGAAAAGGUUGCUGAGGAGGUGUCAAAGAACCUAGCUUCCCUAAAAGAGAUUCUUUGUGGUACUGGAGACAAGGAGCCUCAGACUGAAGCCGUUGCCCAGCUGGCACAGGAGCUUUACAAUACCAACCUCUUCAUCUCCCUCAUAGCCAACCUGCAAAGGAUUGAUUUUGAGGGAAAGAAGGACGUGGUACAUCUGUUCAGCAACAUAGUCCGUCGUCAGAUUGGCACCCGCACCCCCACCGUAGAGUACAUUUCCUCCCACUCACAGAUCUUGUUCAUGCUGCUGAAAGGCUAUGAGACUCCAGAGGUGGCUCUGAACUGUGGCAUGAUGCUGAGAGAGUGCCUCCGUCAUGAACCUCUGGCCCGCACUGUCCUCUUUUCUGAGGAUUUCUACUGCUUCUUCCGCUAUGUGGAACUGUCCACUUUUGAUAUUGCCUCUGAUGCCUUUGCUUCAUUUAAGGAUCUUUUAACAAGACACAAGAUAAUGUGUGCAGAUUUCUUGGAGACAAAUUAUGACAGAGUGUUUACAGAGUAUGAAAAACUGCUGCAUUCAGAUAAUUAUGUCACCAAAAGGCAGUCCCUAAAGCUUUUAGGAGAACUUCUGCUGGAUCGACACAACUACACCGUUAUGACCAAAUACAUCAGUCGAGCUGAGAACUUGAAACUGAUGAUGAACAUGUUGAGAGAUAACAGCCGCAACAUCCAAUUUGAAGCCUUUCAUGUCUUCAAGGUGUUUGUGGCAAACCCAAAUAAGACACAGCCGGUGUUGGACAUCCUCCUAAAGAACCAGUCCAAGUUGGUGGAAUUCUUGAGUCACUUCCAGACAGACCGCUCUGAAGACGAGCAGUUCUGUGACGAAAAGAACUAUCUCAUCAAGCAGAUACGUGACCUCAAGAGACCUGCACCUCCAGAGGAGGCAUAAAGGGAGCAAGAAAAGGAAGCACAGGACGAAAGUGUCGGGCGGUGAUGUGCUAUUUGUGGAGGAGGGAGGGAACUAGAGGGAAAAACCAGGAAAGAAAGACAUGCCUCACUAGAUCCCAUUUUUGAGCUCUAAAAUGGGUAAAUGUUAUAGUCAACAUUUGCAAAUCCACCUUUGUAGAGACGAGGGUGAUUUUGCAAUGCGAAGAGGAAGUGGGACCCGAGCACUAUUUAUACCCUGGUCUUUUUUUUUCUCCAGUGAAAAUGUUACAAAUGGAUUCUUUUGAGCCUUCUGUUAUUUUGAGGCCCUUGUCUGUCUGUGUAACUUCUUACUACCUGAGACCGUCUGAGUUAACCCUAGCUAGGUUUUUCCCAUUUUGGAUGAAAACAUCAAUUGAAACAAUUACCCAAGGCCUUUUUAGGGAUCUUCAAAGGUGUGUUUUCACUUUAAUUGUUUGGACAAAGAAAAUGUUUCUGUUGCACAUCUGCAUUUAGUGCAGGGUCUUUGGUGGGGCUUUAAUAACCAACCCUGGCUUAGAUGUACAUUUGAGGUUGAAAGCAACACAUUGGAAAGUGACUGUAUAGAAAAGAUAUGUCAUAACUUUAGAAAAUGUUUGAAGUCUGCGCUCUAGUAAAACAGCUCAAUUUCUCAAACUGGGUGUUUCAUAUAUCAAGUUUUUUUUUAUAUAAACAAAUUCAAAGGGGAAUGUCUUUUUAAACUGCCACAUAGUAAAAUAGGUCUCUGAGAAAACUGGACUCUCAUUUCUGAUGUUGCACUCACUUUCCAAUCUAACUGGUUGCAUUAUUUAAAAACCAUAAUGGGUUGUUCUUAAUACUCUCACCUAACAUUGUAUUUAUAGUAGUAUUCUAAUUUCUCUUUGGUCAUCAUUUAAAGCAGUGGGAGAGGCUCUUUAAAAAUAUAUCUUCAGAUUUUUGUUUCCCAUUUAUUAGCUGUGCAACUAAUUCUGAGUUUGUAUACGUCACUGAUUUAAAAAUAGACGGUACGCAUGGAACAUUAAUCUCUACCCACAUACUGUAAUGUUGUAAGAAUGAUGAGUGCAGGUCCAAAUACAAGUUCUGAUGCUCCUCAGAUGCUGCAUUUUGAAUUACAGCUUUACACAUCAACAUGCAAACCGAUGAAGCCAUUAACUGAUAGGAAAGAACGUUUAACAGCGUGUUUGUCAACAUCUGCACUGUCAAACUUGAAUGAGCCAAAACUGUGGUAACACUCGUUACACCUAAAGAUUGUAUUUUGCGCUUCAAGUCUGAUUUGCACUUUUCAGUCAUUGAAAGGUCCUUUUGAAUGAAAGUGCAGAACAGGAUUCAACUGAAAAAAAAAAACCCAUUUGAAUUAGUCAGUUUACCUUACGCUGAACUUAUUUUAUGUACUCUGUUUGCACAAGUUCUUCUCCUAUAUACCUCAUAGGUUCUGAGUUGCUUAAGUGCUGUUUUUUUUCUUCUAGACAAGUUUUCUGUUGUAUUACUGCGGAUAUAAGGCAGUAGUUUGAAUUACGCAAACGUAAGAUGUUAAAAGAAGACAGCCUUCGGUUGCUGAAUGGGAUCCGCAAGAGAAAAUAAUAAACUGUUUGCUCAUGCGUGUUGAAUUCCAUGAGCAUGAUGAGAUUUCUGUGUAUUUGUGUGAAUGUGCCACAGCUUCUCUCCUAUGGGUUUAAGUGAGAGAUUUGAAAUGUCUGUGAGUCACAUGUGUAGUGUAGUAUGAUCGUACUGAAUCCAGCAGCUAUAAAUCGCAGGUAGAAUGCAGUGUUUAAUUAGUACAGGGGGACGUGUGUUAAAACAGGGCUGUUACAUCUUUCUGAAAAUGUGAUACCUUUAUGCAGAAGUGAUUGUUUUCAAAAUAAGUCUUGAGUACAAUAUGCAUAAAUAUGUAUCGAAUACCUUCCUUUAAAAAAAAAAAAAAGUCACCAGGUGUGAAUGUAAACCGCCUUCACGGCUUAAGUUGUUGCUCUUACUGGCCUGAGAGUUAGAACAGGCUUACUUCAGGAUAUCCCAAAAGCCUGAAAGAUACUCAAAUGUAACCGUUAUGAACAGUUGAGUGCUGCAGCAGUGGGGGAAAGGCCGAUUUAACUCUCCAACUAAACGGCUUUCUCCAACAGGUGGUGAUGUUUCUGAAUGAGUUGUAUAUGCCAGCAUUUAGCACCUAGUUCUUUUAAUAAAUUAUGAAGUUGGUGUGGACAAAAGUGAUAAAUUACACAACAAAUCUUUACUAAAUUAUUGGGUGUGAGCUUCACUUCGGCAUUCGGCUGCAAAUGAAUGCUUUGAUUUUUUUUUUUUUUUCCUUUUUUUUUUUUAAACCUUUCCUUCAUUUUCCUGUAAGCUUUCUGUUAAUUUUUUCACCAUGGGAGAGGAUUCUAUAUGUACAUAAAAAUAUUUUGAAAAAUAAAAGUGUGGAGGUGUACUGGACAUAAA